AUGUCGACCCCAUUGCUGCUCGUUCUCGCGCUAUUCCUGUUGAUUUUGUAUUUUAAAUACAGCAGGAAAGCCUACGAGGAAUUCUGGAGACACUUGUACGCCAUUCCUGGUCCGAAAUUGUGGCCUUACCUCGGGGACCUGAAUUUCUUUGAAUCCUCAGAAGCGUUAUGGAAGGUAGACAGAAAAAGGAGUAAAGAGUUUUAUCCCAUUUACAAAUUAUGGAGUUUAAACGUGGGAAUGGUUCAUGUUUUCAAUCCGGACGAUAUGGAGCUAAUCCUAAGCAACUCCAAGUACAACCAGAAGAGUUUCUUCUACAGUUUGUUGCACGAUUGGUUAGGAACGGGAUUAUUGACCAGUUCCGGGGAAAAGUGGCACAGACGAAGGAAAAUCCUGACGCCGGCUUUCCACUUUAACAUACUCCAGGAGUUUACGGAGAUGCUGAACAAAGAGACCCUAUUGUUGGUAGAUAAUUUAAAACCCAUGUGCAGUUAUCCUUACGUGAACGUCAUCAAACCCAUCACGGAAUUUACUUUAUAUUCAAUCGGUGAAACCGCUCUGGGCGUUCCCCUUCGAGAAGAUCCCAAAUGUAACGAGUACAAGCAAGCUGUGUACGAUUACGGCGAACAUUUUAUCUACAGGGCGACGCGCCCUUGGCUGUAUUCGCCUUUUAUUUUCAAAUUUAGCGACAUCUACAAUCAGUAUUGCAAAGGUGUCAAGGCGCUGCGGGACUUCUCCACCAACGUGAUCGAACAGAAGAAGAAACUGCAGAACGGUAUGAGUUACGCGCAGAGCAAAAGAUUGGCGCUGUUGGAUUUAAUGUUAAAGGCCAAAGCCGACGGAGCCGAUAUCGACGAUGAUGGAAUAAGAGAGGAACUCGAUACAUUCAUAUUCGAGGGUCACGAUACCACGUCUAUGUCUAUUUGCUACACUCUCAUGCUCCUCGCGAAUCACAAAAAUAUACAGGAAGAAAUAUACGAAGAAAUUGUAUCAGUCAUAGGUCCAACGGAAUCUCCGACUUACAAGGAUUUAGGCGAUUUGAAGUUCAUGGAGAGGUGCAUAAAAGAGAGCCUGAGGCUCUAUCCCAGCGUGCCCACCAUAGGCAGGGUGGCCACCGAGAAUCUGGAAACGCACACCGGGUAUAUCAUUCCUAAAGGUUGCAACGUAUCCCUCGGUAUAUUCGACAUGCACAGGAGCCCGCAGGUUUGGGAGGACCCGGAGAAAUUCGAUCCCGAUAGGUUUUUGCCCGAUAACGUGGCUAAAAGACACCCCUUCGCUUAUUUGCCGUUCAGCGCUGGAGGCAGAAAUUGCAUCGGUCAGAAAUUCGCAUUGUUGGAAAUUAAAGCGGUGCUGUGCGGUAUAUUGAGGAACUUUAAACUCGAGCCUUACGAUAGACCUGAACAUUUGGUAUUCAAAGCCGAUUUAGUUCUCAGGCCUUUCGAUGAGAUACGCGUAAAGUUUGAGCCCAGAUGA